UGCCCUGGAAGCCUGCGCUGUCUUCCUGAACCACCAGGGGGCCUCAGUCCCACAGUGGGACACCCAGCUCAGAGUUUUGCCUUCACCCUGAACCCUCCAGCCCCAGUCAAGCUGUCCCACCUUGCUUCCUCUCCCUUGUCCUCUUCUCCUCCUGCUCCUCUUUCUCCUCCCUUCUGGCCCCUACAGGCCCACCUGGACCCCCAGUCAGCCUUCUCCCUCUAUGAGGGGCGAGGGGAGGUGUCGGGGACACUGGAUGUGGUCCCACAGCCUCUUCAUCUUGUCUCACCUGGGAACCUCAGGGACCUGGGCCACCAAUCCCGCCAUGAUGUGUCAACUUUAACCGACCUUUGUUCAGAUCUGCCGGAGUUGGAGAUAGUGAGCCUCCUGUCAGAGGGUCAGCCCAACUACACUCUCAGAGCAGACAGUGUGUUUGGAUACGACAAUGACGACUGGCUUCACACCCCUCUGCUGCCACCAGAAGUCGCUCUGGGACUCACAUACGAGCAGAUUGAAGAGACGCUCAAGUACUUCUUGCUGUGCUCAGACAGAGUGGGCCAGGUCACCAAGACGUAUCAUGACAUCAAGGCAGUCACCCACCUGCUGGAGGAGAAAGAGCGGGAUCUUGAGUUAGCAGCGCGGAUCGGUCAGUCCCUCCUGAAGCAAAACCAAGAACUGACGGCACGCAAUGAAAUGCUGGAUGAACAGCUUGACAUUGCAAAGGAAGAGAUCGCUCAGCUUCGUCAUGAACUCUCAAUGCGAGACGACCUCCUUCAGUUCUAUGCGAGCUCUGAGGAGAUCGAGAAUGCUGAAUCGCACUCACUAAUAAAAAGGAACGAAUCAUGCAGUUCUCUCAGCAACUUCGUCCACUACGACUUCCUGCAGCAGAAACUGAAGGGUUUAGAGGACGAGAACCGCAAACUGCGAUUAGAGGCCAACGAACUCACAGCAGAGACGACCAACUAUGAGGAGCAAGAACAGGAGCUGAUGAUGGUGUGUGUGGAAGAACUCUCCUCUGUCAAUAAGCAGGUGGUCGACCUGUCAGAGGAGCUAGCCAGGAAAGUAGAGGACUGUGUCCGACAACAGGAGGAGAUCAGCUCGCUGCUCGCUCAGAUUGUUGACCUGCAGGCCCGUUGCAAAACGCUCACCCAUGAGAAUGAAGAGCUGAACCAAACCCUGGGUACCUCCCGUGAGAGCCAGCUGAAACUUAAAUCAGAGCUUAAAGACCUGCAGGACAAGUACUCUGAGUGUGAGGACAUGCUUAGCGAGGCCCGAGAGGACAUCAAGAACUUGCGGAAUAAGAGCCUACCCAACAGCACGGUGCAGCGGUACACUGCACUGGCCUCUGUCCUCCCCAUGGACUCCCUGGCGGCUGAGAUAGAGGGCACCUUCCGUAAAGGCCUGGACACCCCGGCUCCCUCAGAGUACAAGAACCACCCGUGGCGUGUGUUUGAGACUGUAAAGGUAGUAAACAAGGCUGUGAAGCAGCGGUCUCUGUGCCACUCCCCGGCUCUGCCCGGCUCCAGCCCGGCGUCCACCCACUCCAGUUGUACCAGCACCCCCCGAACCAGCUACUAUGGCUCAGAUAACGCCAGCCUUACUCUGGAGGACAAGCCCAGCUCCAAUAACACUCAGAAAGAAGACAACAGUGGGCCAAAGCGUCUGGGCCAGCCAGGCACACCGGGGGGCCAGGACCUUGAAGCUGCCUUGCGCACCCUGUCAGUCCGCCAGCAGAGACACUCCUCCGAGCGGCCUUUCUUUGAUGUGGAGCGCGAGCGUAAACUUCACGCCUUGGCAGCGAAGUGCGAGGAGGGUGAUGGAUCCAGUGGCUUCCUGACACCAAAUGACAGCUUGGUCUCCAGUCCAGCAGCAUCGACAGGCACCAACUACUCCAAUGGCAGCUCACGACAUUCUUGUGGCUCCUCAGGAGGAUCCAGGUCCUACCUUCCAGACCGCCUGCAGAUUGUCAAACCUCUGGAAGGCUCGGUGACUCUGCAUCAGUGGCAGCAGUUGGCCAAACCAAACCUGGGUGGCAUCCUGCAUCCUCGUCCGGGAGUCCUGACUAAAGACUUCAGGGAGCUAGAGGGUGACAUACAGCAUGUGUACAGUCUGAACGACCUGGAGGAGGAUGAACCCGACCUGUCUCACUUCUCCGCAGCACAUGGCCUGGUCUGUCCAUCUGGUCCCAACCUUCCUCAGACCUCUCCCACACAUACCAUUACCACCUGCCAAGUCCACCAACCCUCCCUUCUCAUCCCCUCCUUCUCCACUAGCCUUCACUCUUUCGGCCUGCCAUCUUGUCGGAACUGUGAGCUCGUGAGCACUUCCUCGCCAUCCCACCAACAGAACUUUGGCCUGGCAGGCCACUCCUCCACCGCCACCACAGACGUAAACGCUUCAUCACUGGGACUCGUGCAGCUGCUGCAAGAGCGUGGCAUCUCAGCCUGUCCUCAUCCCAACCACAGCUGUCAGCACAGCCACAGCACAAAACCUUCACAUUCAACAGCAAAAGGAAAAGGUGAAGGCUCAUCGUCAGACAAUAAGGGAAGAAGGAACGUUUUCAGUCUGAACUUGUUGCAGAAGCUUCACAGUCUGGGGUUGCACAGAGUGGCAGCCUGGGGGAUGAUGGGCCGCAAUGACACCUAGAGAGAGAGAGAAGCAGUCAGACAUCCUGUGAAAGUUUGAUGAGUGCCCUUCACCACCUAACUCGUCUCUCAUUCACCGUAGUGACUUUGCAUCCAGCCAUGUGCUUCCCACUGUGCACUUCAGGGCACCACGGCUCUGGGGCCUUGAAAACAAAAGCCACAGAAUGUGCUAGAGCCAUACUUUAAGUUGUCUGUAGUGUACAGUAAUAUUUUUUUCUAUGAAUUUGUGUACAAUAGUUGUCUGUAAGUGUGUGUGUGUGUGUGUGUGCGUGCGUGCCUGUGACAUCUUCAUCUCAGGACAAUCACCUGGUCACCAGUCUGAAUGCAACCUUCAGAAAUAACUUCUUUUUACACUCAAAAAAGAAAACAUCACCAAGAAAAAACAUAUUUUUUAUACUUUGUUUUGUGAUUGUCAUUUUACACAUUUUCCCUGCUGUUGGUUUUAAAAAACCUCUUCACUUGUCUUUUUUGUUGUUGUUGUUGUUGUUAGUUUCCAAAGUAGAACAUCACUUACCAUAUAUGUAUAUAACAAUGUUGUCAUUUGGGAAAGUUAAAAAGAAGACUACCUGCCGUACAUUAUUGUUAUCUGAAACCACAAACCAAUGCUGUCACACUGAAGAACGUUCAAAUGCACUUAAAUUCACUCUGGUCUUCCCUGCUUAUUAGCUGCUAUACUGAGAAAAGCAUGUUGUACAUAAGACUGUCAAAUAUACUGAAUGAAACACUUGAUCAAGGAGCUUUUUAAUACACUGGCUGAACUGAAAAACGUUACGCUUUAACUGGCUUGUCACUUGCUCUCACUGAGCACAUGUUGUUAUGGCUGCAUACAGUACAGCAUCACCUGUUCGCUGGUCCUGACCUUGUGGACUUUAUCCUGAGCCAAAUCUCUCACUAAAAGCAAUCAGGUUUACCAUGCUGCAUCAAAGACAGUGAAGCAAUAUGUUUAUUCACUAAAAAUCUUUCUUGUCCAAAUCUGCGUUAUUUCACGUCAUCAGGAAUUUUGAAAUCGCUGGUAUGUAAAUGAAAUCACAUUUGUUUCAGAGGCAUACAAAGUGGAUUCUCUGGUGACAUCCAUUCAGGGGAGUCUUUAUUUAAAGGUAGGUAGUGAAGUGGUCAUAGUUAUUUCAACAGCAUAUUUCUUUGAAAUUUUCCUGAACAAUGGACUGUAGUGAAAAGGCAUAGGAUACUGUGGAUUAAAAAGGGAAGAAAUCAUCAACACAAAUUGUGAUGAUUUGUGUUCUGACUUAAAUCAGCCAAACCACUGUUUCUCUGCACUACUGUUUGCUCUGUUCUGUGUUAGCACCACAGCUCUAUAUACUGUAUGUAGAUGUGUGUAUAAAUUUUACCACCUGUGAAUAAAACUUUGCAUUUCCAUCCAGUGC